UUUUGGGUGAACUAUCCCUUUAAUUGUUUAAUGAAAGAGGGAUUGCUCUACACACACUAUUAAAUUCUCUAAAGGAAUGUUUUAUUGCAAAUUUCUCCAUGAAUGAAUUAUAGUGAAUACAUCUACCAAAUCAACAACAUAUUAAACUUUGUUCUCAUACACUCUUGUUUGAAUACUGUCUUCCUAUUUACUGUAAUGUUCUACUAUUCCACAAGGGGGAGUUGUGAGGAGUUGACCUUUUAAUCAGUUGAGGAGAAACACAAGGAGAAUAAGAAGGCUAAAUUAGUUUAGAUAUUCCUUCUGUUCUGCUUUGGUCAAAAUGAUUCUGCCCAAUAGACAGAUCUCACAUAAACCAUGAUUUUUUCAUACUAUCUAUUCUCUCUUCUAUAUUUACUAAUUAUCUUAUUUGAAUCUUUAGAUAUUGUUAAAGCAAGCUAUUUCACUUCAGAUUUGACCAGAAUUAAUCCUCAUCUCACGAAUACAGAACAGGUCAUAUUUUUUAAAUUCAAGCCUGAUGAUCUUAAAAAAUCAUGAAUAUUCAUUGCUGUUGCAUUUGACAAUCAAGUGUUUAGAAACAUUUUAUUUUAUAUAUUUUAUUAGACGACUAUUUAAUAUUAAUAAGCAAAGCUUCUGGCUUCUGUGAAGUGACAACACCGUAAAGAUCCGAGCACAAAUAAAUGAAUAUUUUUACAUUUACAAGCUCAUGGAGGAGUGGAGCAUAAAGGAGAAAGUGAAGUGCCUGGUAACUGGUGCGGCAGCCAAUAUGAUUGCAUGUGUAAGAUCAUUAAAUGUUAGGCAUGCAAUAUGCAUUGCACAUGCACUACAUCUCAUUGUGAGGAAGUCCUUUGAUGACAUCAGCAGCUUCAAUGACAUUAGAUUGAAAUGUAGGAAACUUGUGACAUAUUUCCAAACAAGCACAACAGCAAAAGAAAGACUGGCCCAAGUACAGGAGCAGAUGGCGAGACCAAUACUGAAGCUGAUAAUUGAAGUGGACAUUCGCUGGAACAGCACUUAUAACAUGCUGGAACGGCUCUAUCAGCUGAGAGAGCCAGUGGGGGCAGCCCUUGCCUGUCUAAGGACUGACAUCACCCCACCUACUGCCUUGGAGUAUGAGGCUGUCCAAGAUCCCUUACAUGUUCUUGCACCUUUCCACCAGGCUACAGUAGAGCUUUCUGCUGAGAAAAGAGUGUCUGCCUCAAAAGUGAUUCCUUUGAUGAAGAUGUUAAAUCAUAUGGUAACGAGUAAGCUGGAAGGCCUCAAGUCCAAUUCAACAAGGCAGCUGGGUGACAGCCUGGUCUGGAAGGUGACAUUUGGCAUCUGCUGGAUAGCACGGUUGAUCACAGUAGAAGGAGCUCAAGUGCUACUGUUGAAGUGGACCGAUAUUUAUCGGAAGUGAAUAUCGCAAGACCUGAGGGUCCACUGGUAUAUUGGGCUCAACAGAAGCAUCUGUAUCCUCACUUAUACCAGCUGGCACUGGCAUUCUUAUGUUCCCCUGCAUCCUCCGUUCCUUGCGAAAGGAUCUUUUCCAAGGCUGGAGAGGUUUUGUCCAAGAAGAGGAAUCGUCUAAACCCCAACACACUUCAAAAAAUUAUGUUCCUCAAUAAAAAUCAAUUAUAAUCCUUCCUUCACCCACCCCAAGCUGCUCUGUUGCAGUUUGCUCCAUAUCCCCAGUCCCAUAAGCACAACACUGUACACCAAAAAACUGUAACAAUUCUUACCCUUUCCCUUCCCAAACUGCUCUAUUGCAGUUUGCAGUAUUACACUCCCUCCACAAUAAUCACUGCACUCAACACAGCAUCAGUUUUGUUAUACAUACUGUCACUAUCCAAACAAUUGAUGAAUUAAUUAACUGUCUGUGUGUGUGUGUGUGUGUGAGACAGUUGUCUCUGCACAAGUAAAGUCAGACAGAGAAAGAGAAAGAUGCAUAUUUUAUUUUAUACCCAGGCAAUGCACAAAUGUCUGUUCAGGUCAGAGGCUCAGGAUUCAUUUUGUCUGCUAUUGAAGCAGAUAAAGGCCUGGAUGAGAGGCUUCACUAUGCUGAUUAAACAGCUUUUGUGGGGAAAUGAUAUCAACAGGAACAAGCGCACCUGACGAUGGAAAACUUCGAGCCUUACACUGUAAGUUGAUCAGCUAAUGCAUACGUUUGCAAUAUUUGUAUUCUUUGCCAAUUAUAAACCAGCUCAUGUAGAUUUAGAAUACAAUACAAUACAAUAAUUUCAUUGUCAUUGCACAGCUAUGCAACGAAAUUGUGGUUCUCCUCAGUGGUACAUUCACAUAAAAACAUAUAUACAAACAAAUAUAGACAAAAACAAAGUAUAAAUCGUAACAUAAAAAAUAACAUAAAAACAAUUAUAUUUAUUAAAACAUUACUGCA